AACAAGAAAGCUCUCAACUUCUUCUUGAAAGCCUUAACCUUUUUUUCUGCAAUCUCUUAUCACUUACAAGAAACAAAAACCCUCAGACUCAUUCAUUAGUUAAUACUAAUUAAAUUCAUUUGUAGAAUGGCUCUAGCUAAAGAGAUAAUGGGUUCUCGUCUCAUCUUUGAGAGAUCAUCAUCACUAGCUUCCUCUCCGUUUCAGUCUCGUCUCUCCAUCAAGAAGAAGACACAGAGAACUCAAUUCUCUAUCAACCCUUUUGACUUGAGACCGAUGAAAGCCGCUAUCUCCGGCGGUGUCUUGGCGGCAAUCAGCGAGGAUUUGGUUAAAACACUGCGUUUUAACACACUUGGUAGAAACCAAGAAACUGAGGAGGAGGUGGAGAAGGAGGUUCAGUUUAAGGUGAGAGCAGUUGUGACGGUGAGGAACAAGAACAAAGAAGACUUUAAAGAGACUUUGGUUAAGCAUUUAGAUGCUUUUACCGACAAAAUUGGUAGAAACGUUGUUUUGGAGCUUAUCAGCACUCAAGUUGAUCCAAAAACGAAUGAGCCCAAGAAGAGUAAACCGGCGGUAUUGAAAGACUGGUCAAAGAAAUCGAACUCAAAAGCGGAGAAAGUCCAUUACACGGCGGAGUUCACGGUAGAUUCCGCAUUUGGAUCGCCGGGAGCCAUCACGGUGACUAACAAACACCAAAAAGAGUUCUUCCUUGAAAACAUCACCAUAGAAGGUUUUGCAUGUGGCCCUGUUCACUUCCCCUGUAACUCAUGGGUCCAAUCCCAAAAUGACCAUCCAUCAAAACGUAUUUUCUUCACUAAUCAGCCUUAUUUACCUAGCGAGACACCGUCAGGUCUAAGAACAUUAAGGGAACAAGAGUUGGAGAAUCUAAGAGGAAAUGGUAAAGGAGAAAGGAAAUUAUCAGACAGAAUCUACGACUUUGAUGUCUACAACGACAUAGGAAACCCCGACGUAUCACGGGAACUAGCCCGUCCGGUGUUAGGUGGUCGUGAGUUUCCAUACCCUAGACGCUGUCGAACCGGCCGGCCUUCCACAGAUACUGAUCUAGUGUCCGAGAGACGAGUCGAGAAGCCUUUACCGAUGUAUGUGCCACGAGAUGAGCAGUUCGAGGAGUCUAAGAAAGAUACUUUUGCUGCGUGUAGGCUUAAGGCGGUUUUACAUAACCUUGUACCUUCACUGAAAGCUAGUAUUUUGGCUGAAGACUUUGCUAGCUUCGCUGAGUUUGAUAGUCUUUAUAAAGAAGGCUUGCUUCUCAAGUUAGGGAUUCAAGAUGAUAUGUUCAAGAAGUUCCCUUUGCCUAAGAUCGUCACUACCCUCCAAAAAUCUAGUGAAGGGUUGCUCAGAUACGAUACUCCCAAAAUAGUUUCAAAGGAUAAAAACGCAUGGCUUCGAGAUGACGAGUUCGCACGCCAAGCCAUAGCUGGGAUCAACCCAGUCAAUAUAGAACGAAUCACGACUUAUCCACCGGUCAGCAAUCUUGACCGUGAGAUUUACGGUUCACAUCUAGACUCUGCUCUCACCGAAGACCACAUCAAGGGUCACCUUGACGGCUUGUCCGUACAACAAGCGUUGGAGACGAACCGUUUGUUUAUGUUGGACUACCACGACACAUACUUACCAUUUCUAGACCAAAUCAACGCGUUGGAUGGACGCAAGGCUUACGCGACUCGAACCAUAUUGUUCUUGACUAGUCUCGGUACACUCAAACCUAUAGCCAUCGAGCUAAGCCUUUCAAAGUCCAAGCGCGUUGUCACACCAGCAAUAUGUGCAACCACUUACUGGACGUGGCAGCUAGCCAAAGCCCAUGUUGGGUCUAACGACGCUGGCGUCCAUCAGCUUGUGAACCACUGGUUACGUACCCAUGCUUGUUUGGAGCCGUUUAUAUUAGCUGCUCACAGACAAUUAAGCGCUCUGCAUCCCAUAUACAAAUUAUUGGACCCUCACAUGAGGUACACUCUAGAGAUCAACGCCGUGGCACGACAGACAUUGGUUAGCGCGGACGGUGUGAUUGAGUCGUGCUUCACAGCUGGUCAGUACGGUCUGGAGGUUAGUGCAGCUGCGUAUAAGAAUCGAUGGCGGUUCGAUAUGGAAGGCCUCCCUGCUGAUCUCAUCCGAAGGGGAAUGGCUGUUCCUGAUCCAACACAACCACAUGGGCUUAAACUACUUGUCGAAGAUUACCCAUACGCCAACGACGGUCUCUUACUAUGGUCAGCGAUCCAAACCUGGGUCCGAACCUACGUGGAGCGUUAUUACCCUAACCCGAACCUAAUCAAAACCGACACAGAGCUCCAAGCCUGGUACUCCGAGUCAAUCAACGUAGGUCACGCCGAUCACCGCGACGCCGACUGGUGGCCGGAGCUUUCCACCGUCGAUGACCUCGUCUCCAUCAUCACUACCAUAGUCUGGCUCGCCUCCGCACAACACGCCGCUCUCAACUUUGGACAGUACCCUUACGGAGGCUACGUCCCGAACCGACCGCCUUUGAUGCGACAGUUGAUUCCCGACAAGUCAGAACCCGAGUUCGCGAGUUUUGUCGAGGAUCCGCAGAAGUAUUUUUUCUCCUCGCUGCCGAGUUUGUUGCAGACGACGAAGUUUAUGGCGGUGGUUGAUACUUUGUCGACGCAUUCGCCGGACGAGGAGUAUAUCGGAGAGAGACAGCAGCCGUCGAUUUGGACCGGAGAUGCGGAGAUUGUUGAUGCGUUUUAUGGAUUCUCGGCGGAGAUCGCACGGAUAGAACAAGAGAUUGAGAAGAGGAAUAAAGAUCCUAGCCGUAGGAACCGGUGUGGGGCCGGAGUUUUGCCGUACGAGUUGAUGGCUCCGAGUUCUGAACCGGGGGUUACGUGCAGAGGCGUACCUAAUAGCGUAUCGAUUUAGAAUAAUUUAUUUAUUUAUUAUAACUAUAGUAUAGGGAACCUAUGAGUAAAGAAAUAGGUUUUUGAGACAAAUAAAACUAGUUAUAGCUUA